CCGUAGAUAAGUGGUAUAUUUGAAAUUCAUUUUGUAAAUUGCCCAUUAGUAUAUAAUUAGCAUUUUAAAUUAUGAUUUGUUCAAUGUAAAAUCGUAUAAAAAUGUAAAAUAAAUCGGUACAGGGACACCAUUUUAUUCUGAUCUGAAUAUGAUUUUACUUUUAUUUUUAACGAUUGGAAUUCUUCAUACAGUUAAGGGAACUGAACCUGCAGUUGAAAUAUCAUAUGAAGAAGUAACCCCUCCAUAUAUGGCAACUCUUUAUUCCAUAAGAUGCUCGGUAACUCAUAUGCCUGUCAAUUCCAAUUUGUGGCUUUCGAUGAUUUCUUCAGCCGGCGGAUAUGUCGAAAAUUUUACAGGUGAAUCAAAUAGACGUUUCUGGUUUACAGUCCGGAAUGAUUCAGACAGUAGUGUCACUGUUGUAUUCGACCAUUUCAUUCCUCAAUAUGAAGGACAAUAUACAUGUGUGGUUCGUGAAAAGACAGAUGAUAAUCCAUUGGAAUGGUCUUCAAAGUCUGUCUAUCUGAAGUAUACUACUAUGCCCGAAAUACAGGAUUUGAUAUAUGAUCAUGCAUACAUAUUUAAUUAUGAUCAUAGGCGACUAUUUUUGAAUGAUGGUUCUGCACUUCAGUUGCAAUGUGCGGCUUCUGGUGUUCCAGAACCUAAAGUUGAAUGGAAAAAGAAAGGGAAUGACAACUAUGUAAUUGAGGGUCCAUUGUUGGAUGUGCCAUCAGUGACCAAAGCCGAUAGUGGGUUUUAUUUUUGUGAAGCUGAUAAUGGUAUAGGCGAUCCAGUGAGAAGUACAGAAUUAGAAGUUAAGGUAUUGGACUUCUUCCCACCAAAAAUGAGGUAUACUUCGGAACCAGUUAUAACAAUUACAGAAGAUUUAAACCGUUACUGGAGGAUGGCAAUGGGUACCAAAAUGGAGGUCUUGGUUAAUGGUCUACCUCCUCCAACCGUCACAUGGUGGAAGGAGACUGAAAUUGGAAGAGAGCGGAUUAUGAGAGAAAGUACUUCUACUCAUCGUUUUUCAAUUUAUGAGGGUUUUGUCAUAUAUCCUGAGACCGAGACAGAUCACGAACUGUUUAUAGACGCUCCUACGCAGUUUCAGCUAGGCACCUAUGUUGCUAAGGCAGAAAACAGUCUUGGUGUUACCGAAUUAAAUUUUACAAUUAAUGCUAUGCCCGAAAUACAGGAUUUGAUAUAUGAUCAUGCAUACACAUUUAAUUAUGAUCAUAGGCGACUAUUUUUGAAUGAUGGUUCUGCACUUCAGUUGCAAUGUGCGGCUUCUGGUGUUCCAGAACCUAAAGUUGAAUGGAAAAAGAAAGGGAAUGACAACUAUGUAAUUGAGGGUCCAUUGUUGGAUGUGCCAUCAGUGACCAAAGCCGAUAGUGGGUUUUAUUUUUGUGAAGCUGAUAAUGGUAUAGGCGAUCCAGUGAGAAGUACAGAAUUAGAAGUUAAGGUAUUGGACUUCUUCCCACCAAAAAUGAGGUAUACUUCGGAACCAGUUAUAACAAUUACAGAAGAUUUAAACCGUUACUGGAGGAUGGCAAUGGGUACCAAAAUGGAGGUCUUGGUUAAUGGUCUACCUCCUCCAACCGUCACAUGGUGGAAGGAGACUGAAAUUGGAAGAGAGCGGAUUAUGGGAGAAAGUACUUCUACUCAUCGUUUUUCAAUUUAUGAGGGUUUUGUCAUAUAUCCUGAGACCGAGACAGAUCACAAACUGUUUAUAGACGCUCCUACGCAGUUUCAGCUAGGCACCUAUGUUGCUAAGGCAGAAAACAGUCUUGGUGUUACCGAAUUAAAUUUUACAAUAAAUGCUGCUGAGACUACGUAUACAAUACAGAGAUAAAGAGUAUGCUUAUUGAGCUGACCACA